UGCUGGCCGUCAGGACACCCCUCACCCCAGCGCCCCCCAAACCUGGGCCCACCGAGUGACGGGGUUGCCUCCGAGGAGGGAGGGAAGCCCCGGGCCGCGGUCCGGGGCGGGCCUCAGCGGCGGCACCUGGGUGUGGAACCACGCGAGGUGCCCUGCGGAUGAGUGGGGUUGUGGGCACUUUGCUCGCCAGCUGCGUGUGUUUUUCCCCCGCGUCUUUCAACAGCCUUGGGCGGUGAAGCCACCGUGUUUCAGAUACUGCUUAGCCCUAACCCUUAAGAGAAAUUUUUUAAGGGAGUGUCACCUUAAUGUGGCACGUUGAAGCUACGGAUGUGGAAGAGCAGCAAGAAAUGAAACAUUUAAGCAAGUGCACCGGUAAUACCUUUGAACCCUGAAGCGAUCACGCUCGCACUGAAGCUUGUUGGGCACACGAAGCGUCUUCCACACCUCCUGAGGUUGGAAAAAGCCACUUGUCUUGGCUCCUGUAGUGCAGAACCAGCAACUGACCUGCGGUGACCUGUGCAGUGUGUUGAGAGCUCAUUCGGACCUGCUGGCCUAGUUAGGGGACCUCUUCCUCUGGACUCUUUAUACUCAAAAGUGGGGAAUGUUCUGGACGGAGAGAUUCUGAAUUCACAUUACAAAAAGAGAAAGCCUCAGCAGCAUGUAACAAAUCCCUCUGAAAUAGUGAAAUAUGAAUUCUAUACAGUUUCGAAAGCAAAAACAAUGGAGUUUCAUGUUGAGAAUUCAUAAUGUUUGAGCAUAUCUCAUCAUUGAAGAAAAGAAACAUUUUGUUAACUAAACAAGUAGGGACCACGUUAAAUAUGUUCAGUCAUUAUACCAACUCAAAAUUCCAGCACAAGUAAGAGGACUCGUUUAUUGAGAUGGAAUUUCCUUCUUCUUUGACCAGUACUGAAAGAGCCUUUAUUCAUCGACUCAGUCAGUCUCUUGGUUUGGUCUCUAAAAGUAAAGGAAAGGGAGCAAAUAGAUACCUAACUGUGAAGAAGAAAGAUGGAUCAGAAACAGCUCAUGCAAUGAUGACCUGUAAUUUGACUCAUAAUACAAAACAUGCUGUUAGGAGCCUAAUUCAAAGAUUUCCUGUCACCAAUAAAGAGCGUACAGAACUUCUGCCUAAAACAGAAAGAGGAAAUGUGUUUGCAGUUGAAGCUGAAAACCGGGAAAUGAGCAAGACAAGUGGGCGACUCAACAAUGGCAUACCUCAGAUUCCAGUGAAAAGAGGAGAAUCCGAAUUUGAUUCUUUUAGGCAGUCUUUACCAGUGUUUGAGAAACAGGAAGAAAUUGUUAAAAUAAUUAAGGAAAAUAAAGUAGUUUUGAUUGUAGGAGAAACUGGGUCUGGAAAGACCACACAGAUUCCUCAGUUCCUUUUAGAUGAUUGCUUUAAAAAUGGUAUCCCCUGCCGUAUAUUUUGUACUCAACCAAGACGAUUGGCAGCUAUUGCUGUGGCUGAAAGAGUUGCCGCAGAGAGAAGGGAAAGGAUUGGUCAAACAAUUGGUUAUCAGAUCCGAUUAGAAAGCAGGGUUUCUCCAAAGACACUUCUGACAUUUUGUACUAAUGGGGUAUUGCUUCGUACAUUGAUGGCAGGAGAUAGUACGUUGUCGACUGUGACACAUGUUAUCGUGGAUGAAGUGCAUGAAAGGGAUCGAUUUAGUGAUUUUUUACUUACAAAGUUAAGAGAUUUGUUGCAAAAGCACCCACCUUUGAAACUAAUUCUUUCUAGUGCUGCCUUGGAUGUGAAUCUCUUUAUAAGAUAUUUUGGAAGUUGUCCAGUGAUAUAUAUACAGGGAAGACCAUUUGAAGUAAAAGAAAUGUUUCUGGAAGAUAUUUUAAGAACAACUGGAUAUACAAACAAAGAAAUGUUAAAAUACAAAAAGGAAAAACAGCAAGAAGAGAAACAACAAACCACACUUACAGAAUGGUACUCAGCUCAAGAAAAUACUUUCAAGCCUGAAUCUCAGAGGCAGAGAACUGUUCCAAAUGUGACUGACGAGUAUGACUUACUGGAUGAUGGUGGUGAUGCUGUCUUCAGUCAGCUGACUGAAAAAGAUGUGAAUUGCCUUGAACCAUGGUUAAUAAAGGAAAUGGAUGCUUGUCUUUCUGAUAUAUGGCUACAUAAAGAUAUUGAUGCCUUUGCUCAGGUCUUUCAUCUCAUUUUAACUGAAAAUGUUAGUGUUGAUUACAGACAUAGUGAAACCAGUGCAACAGCUCUGAUGGUUGCCGCAGGACGUGGCUUUGCAAGUCAAGUAGAACAGUUAAUCAGUAUGGGAGCCAAUGUCCAUAGUAAAGCAUCAAAUGGCUGGAUGGCAUUGGAUUGGGCUAAACACUUUGGGCAGACUGAAAUUGUGGAUCUUCUAGAAUCUUACAGUGCUUCACUGGAAUUUGGAAAUCUGGAUGAAAGUUCUCUGGUUCAAACAAAUGGAAGUGACCUCAGUGCUGAAGACAGAGAGCUCCUGAAAGCUUAUCAUCAUAGUUUCGAUGAUGAAAAAGUAGACUUGGAUUUGAUUAUGCAUCUUCUAUACAAUAUCUGCCAUAGUUGUGAUGCUGGUGCAGUACUAAUUUUUCUGCCUGGAUAUGAUGAAAUUGUUGGACUGAGAGAUCGCAUCCUGUUUGAUGACAAGCGGUUUGCUGACAGUACACAUAGAUAUCAAGUUUUUAUGCUUCAUUCAAACAUGCAAACAUCUGAUCAAAAGAAAGUAUUAAAAAACCCACCUGCAGGUGUUCGAAAAAUAAUCCUUUCCACCAAUAUUGCUGAAACCAGCAUCACAGUCAAUGAUGUUGUCUUUGUUAUUGAUUCUGGUAAGGUGAAAGAGAAAUCCUUUGAUGCUCUGAAUUUUGUUACAAUGUUAAAAAUGGUAUGGAUUUCCAAAGCUAGUGCCACACAGCGGAAAGGCAGGGCAGGGCGAUGUAGACCUGGAAUUUGUUUUCGUCUGUUCAGUAGACUCCGAUUCCAGAAUAUGUUGGAAUUUCAGACUCCAGAACUUUUGAGAAUGCCAUUACAGGAACUUUGCUUACAUACCAAGCUGUUAGCCCCAGUUAAUUGUACCAUUGCUGAUUUUCUUAUGAAAGCUCCUGAACCUCCACCAGCUUUAAUUGUAAGGAAUGCUGUACAAAUGCUUAAGACAAUAGAUGCAAUGGAUACAUGGGAAGAUCUGACUGAACUUGGGUAUCAUUUGGCUGACUUGCCAGUAGAACCACAUCUUGGUAAAAUGGUCCUGUGUGCUGUUGUUUUAAAGUGUCUGGACCCCAUCCUUACAAUUGCUUGCACACUAGCUUAUCGAGAUCCUUUUGUGCUACCUACUCAGGCCUCUCAAAAACGUGCAGCUAUGCUUUGUAGGAAACGUUUUACUGCAGGAGCUUUCAGUGACCAUAUGGCACUUCUCAGAGCAUUCCAGGCCUGGCAAAAAGCACGAAGUGAUGGGUGGGAGCGAGCCUUUUGUGAAAAGAAUUUUCUUUCACAGGCUACUAUGGAAAUAAUCAUAGGCAUGAGAACACAGUUGCUUGGUCAACUUAGAGCAUCAGGUUUUGUUAGAGCACGAGGUGGUGGUGACAUUCGAGAUGUUAACACAAACUCUGAGAAUUGGGCUGUCGUUAAAGCUGCAUUGGUGGCAGGCAUGUAUCCUAAUUUAGUCCAUGUGGACAGAGAGAAUCUAGUGUUGACAGGGCCAAAGGAGAAAAAAGUUCGAUUUCAUCCUGCUUCAGUUCUCAGUCAGCCUCAAUAUAAAAAGAUUCCUCCAGCCAAUGGCCAAGCUGCAGCAAUUAAGGCACUGCCCACAGAUUGGCUUAUUUAUGAUGAAAUGACCAGAGCCCAUAGAAUAGCUAAUAUUAGAUGUUGUUCAGCAGUGACACCUGUCACUAUAUUGAUAUUCUGUGGACCAGCUAGAUUGGCAAGUAAUGCUCUUCAGGAACCUUCGUCCUUUAGAGUGGAUGGCAUUCCCAAUGACAGUAGUGAUAGUGAAAUGGAGGACGAAACUACAGCUAAUUUGGCAGCCUUGAAACUUGAUGAGUGGCUCAAUUUCAAACUAGAGCCAGAGGCAGCUAGUUUAUUGCUGCAGCUCAGACAGAAGUGGCAUAGCUUAUUUUUACGCCGAAUGAGAGCUCCAUCUAAACCUUGGUCUCAAGUUGAUGAAGCUACCAUAAGAGCAAUUAUAGCUGUUUUAAGCACUGAAGAACAGUCUGCAGGUUUACAACAACCAUCUGGGAUUGGUCAAAGGCCAAGGCCUAUGUCUUCAGAAGAGCUUCCUUUGGCCUCUUCUUGGAGGUCAAAUAAUAGUAGGAAAAGUUCAGCAGAUACUGAAUUUUCUGAUGAGUGUGCUACUGCAGAAAGAAUACUGAUGAAAUCUCCAUCUCCAGCAUUACACCCACCUCAGAAGUACAAAGAUAGAGGAAUUUUACAUCCUAAACGAGGCACCGAGGACCGAUCAGAUCAGUCUUCUGUGAAAUCUACAGACAGCAGUAGUUACCCAAGUCCUUGUGCUAGUCCUUCUCCUCCAUCCUCAGGAAAGGGAUCAAAAUCUCCUUCGCCAAGACCAAACAUGCCUGUUCGAUACUUCAUAAUGAAGAGUAGCAAUUUGAGAAACCUUGAAAUUUCUCAACAGAAGGGUAUCUGGUCUACAACUCCUAGUAAUGAGCGGAAGCUAAAUCGAGCCUUUUGGGAAAGCAGCAUGGUUUACUUGGUAUUUUCUGUUCAAGGAUCUGGACAUUUCCAGGGAUUUUCUAGGAUGUCUUCCGAGAUUGGAAGGGAAAAGAGCCAGGACUGGGGCUCUGCGGGACUAGGAGGAGUAUUUAAAGUGGAGUGGAUACGAAAAGAAAGCCUUCCCUUUCAAUUUGCACACCAUUUACUCAAUCCAUGGAAUGACAACAAGAAAGUGCAGAUAAGCAGGGAUGGGCAGGAACUAGAACCUCAGGUUGGCGAACAGUUGCUCCAGUUAUGGGAACGUCUUCCCUUGGGUGAAAAAAACACAACUGACUGACACUCAGAACUCUUAGCUGUGGAAGAACAUCAUGCCUAUUUAUAACCACUGAAUGCACUGACUUUCAAAAACUGAGAUGGAGUGUGUGCUACGAAUGGGCUUUUUAACACUUUUAGAGUGUAGCUUUAGAACUACCAUCUUCAUAUACAAGAGAAAGGAAUCAUUUAAAUUUUUAUAGUGAUCAUAGAGAAUGAUUAUAUGAUGUUUGUAAUGAAUAAAAUAGUUUCAUCAUUUGGCACAAUAGCAGUUAUUUUAAACAAACUUAAUUUGAAGUUAAACAUUUCAUUUUUAGAAACACCGAAUUACAGUUCUUACUGAUGACUUUUUAAUGCAGAGUAAGUUGUUUAAGAAAGACCUGAAUAUGUCAGAACAUCUGAACACCAUUUUAGAAGAGUCAACUCUUAAGGUUAUCAUUAGAAAACAAAUACGUCAACACCUAUGAAAAGAAGCGGGGAAAACAACAGGGACAACAACAAAAAACCACUGAAAUUCUACAAAUGUCCCUUUUAAAAAUCGUAUGUGCUAAGGGCUAUUCAUUCUGCCAUUUUUAACUUGAGACACAUUAAGAAAUAAGAUGGAUGUUCUUUUUCUGUGAUUAUGAAAUGCAAUAAAAUCUGAAUAUGGGGCAAAGUUUCUUCCUGAUCAGAUUAGAUUAAGUGCUUAAUUUUAUUCCUAAUCCUGCCCCUUUUAACCUGAUGUGUACCUUACUCUUUCUUCCCUCUCCCUCCCUUCGUCCUCUCCCCGCUCCUUCCCUGCAUUUCUCCCUUCCUCCUCACAUCUCUUAUAUGAGCACAGCAAUUAUGACCUUUUUGUUUUGGCUACAACUUGAUUGAAACAAGUUCAAAAUUUAAACAACUUCAUAUAAGUUUUUAAAAAUUCUUAACUGGUAGCUUGCUUGCUGUGUGUCUUCCAAAGUAAAACCUGCAAGCACCACAAUUCUAAGUGCCGCCUUCCAUUUUUUCCAUGUUUUCACUGGCUUAUGUUUUCAGAUAUGAUUUUCCUUUUUCACAUAUAUGGUUUAAUAAAUGGGGGAUUUUUUUUUUUGUAAACCUGUGCUAGUGCCAAGUCUCGUAUUUCUUUGCCAUCUCAGAAUUACUUUUUACCACCACUGUUUAUAAAAUUUCCUUAGAGACUUUUUGAAGGGAAAAUAGAGCAACAGGGAAAAAUGAAAGAAAUGUCUUGGUUACUGAGCUCUGAAUAGACAGGUUUGAUAGCACUUCUCAUGACACAUUUUAGUUAUAAAAGCAAACAAACAUGAGUGUAAAUUAAAGACAAAAAGAAAACUCUGGUUUUAUAUUUGAGAACAAGUGAAAAAUCAUGGGUCAACAUAAAAUCUUGAGAACCCUUUUACUUUCUCUAGGAAAGCAUUAUAUAGUGGUGCAUUAGUUUAGAAAGUCAGCUAUAAUGUUGCCUAUAUUUCUAGUUAUUAGCUUUGGGUUUUUUUUGUACUUUAAGACAUACCUGUAAAUUGAACCUAUGUGAAUUAUAUUCCAGUGUAUGUGUAUUAUAGUUCUUUUCCUAUUAGAGCAACUUGUGUUUCCCUGAUAAUGUGUAAAUUUUUUAGGUAUAUACUUAAUAGUUUACAAUGUUCUAAAUUUGGAAAGACUUCAAAAAAAACUUGUUUUAAUUUCCAUCUGCUUUGUAAUAUCUAGCUCUAUAUGUAAAUGAUGGGUUUGUUGGUAUUUAAAAUGAAUACAACUUGAAUGUAAUUAAAAUGCUGUUUUUUGGAAGUGAUAAACUUUAAAUAUACUUAUUAAAAUGAAAUUCUAUUAA